AUGGCUUGUUAUGCUGCUUUGGUUUCUCUGAUUCGGACAGUUGAGAAUCUCUUGCAGUCUCCCCAAACAUCCGUAGGCCCGGAAACCUUCAAAUCCGCGCUGGACGAGGCCCGGCUCCUGAAAGAAUCGAUCCAGUUGAUGGACAGAAUCGGGUGCUACAGCAGCGCCGACUUGCUCGAUGGAUUCAGUAGCGGCUACGCCACGACUUUCCAUUUGAAAACGCAAACCUCGUCUUUGAAACCUCUUCACACGUUCGAAUCCCACCUAUUGGCUCGCCUCCCUUCCGAGUACAAACUCGUGUUGUUUUCGAGAGAGCUAGUCAGCAUCGUGAAAAUGGAGGAGUACCCCAUUGAUGGGCAGACGAUCCGGGAACUGGGCAGCGUGCUAGAGUCAUUACUCUCGGGUUUGCGGAAAGAACCCCUCGGAGUGGACUUGGCCGAUGCUAAGCAACGCAUCGAGUUGUUAAUGCAGACUAUGCGGGAGGAGGAGGAGGAGGAAGAGGAGGAAGAGGUAGAGGAGGAGGAGGAAGAAGAGGUAGAGGAGGAGGAGGAAGAAGAGGUAGAGGAGGAGGAAGAAGAAGAGGUAGAGGAGGAGAAGGAGGAAGAGGUAGAGGAGGAGGAGGAGGAAGAGGUAGAGGAGGAGAAGGAAGAAGAAGAGGUAGAGGAGGAGGAGGAAGAAGAAGAGGAGGUGGAAUUUCUCAAAACUCGUGGUCUGGUUUCAGAUAUAUCCAGAUUUGCAAACCAAGCCAUGAUGAAAUUGGAAGCAUUUAUGAAAAGAUUGGAUAGGAAUAGGAGCAGUAGCAGCUGCCAAAGACUUAAUGCUUUGGAAGGACAGAUAAGAGAAGCAGCCUGUAAAUUACAAGACUCGCUCGAAUCACACGUCUCGACUCAGUCCCUCGCACAAUCCAAACACAGUCCAUUCUCACUCCACCUUCUGGAAGUCGACCAAGAUAUCAAGGCAUUUAUCCGAUCCGCGAACGGAUUGAGAGAAGAGUACAUUAGUGAGUUACGCAACACAUCACCCGACGAAGAAGAAGAAGAAGAAGAAGAAGAAGAAGAAGAAGAAACUGAUUGUUUUUAUGUGAAAACUCAGGUGGGCUCCGACACAAACGAAAAACUCGACGAGAAGAAAAUGGUGCAACAGAGUUUAAACGACAGGGCCCAUCUCGUCGUAUUCGACGAUGUGUGGGACUCGGCAACCCUUGACGACUUGAUAGAAAUCCUCCCGAAUAAUAACGAUAGGAGUCGGGUCCUGGUGACGACUAGGCUACGAGGAGUCUCCAUCAACGACUGGUGCCGAAAAUACUCCCACGGAAAAAGUUUCAUGAGCAAAAAAGAGAGUUGGGAACUUCUUCGUGUCGAGGUAUUUGGAGACCAACCUUGCCCUCUCCAACUCGAGAAAUACGGUCAAAGGAUUGCCGAGAAUUGUGAUGGCCUUCCUCUCACGGUCGUCACAGUUGCUCGACUCCUAUCCGAAUCCGAGCAAACGACUACAGAAGAGUAUUGGAAGCGUGUUGCGAUGGGAGAGAGCUCAGUUUUCUCCGACGCGUACAAUCAAAUGUCAGAGUCGCUGUUUCAGAGCUACCGUUACUUGCCUCAGCAUCUAAAAGCGUGUUUUCUCUACAUGGGAGCUUUCCCACAAAAAUACGAAAUAUCAUGCACGAUGCUCGUCGAGCUGUUAAGCUGCGAGGAGCUUUUCGAGCCCAUUCCAUCUGUGAAUUUCGAAAACUUUGUCGAAGAUUGUCUGCACGAGCUGUUCACCUCAAAUGUAAUCAUUGUCUGCGACAAAAACUUCCUCAACAAAAUAAAGACUUGGAGACUCCACUCCGCCUUCUGGCACAUGUGCACCAAAGAAGCCCGAAACACCAAGUUCUCCCAUGUUAUAAACAGCUAUGCCGAUGGCCUUGCACGAGGUAUCGAGAGCCAGCACCGGUUGUGCAUUCACAACAACAUUUUACUCGGAAUUAAAGACGUGUACCGAUCGAUAUCGGCAAAUUCAAACGCUCGUUCUUUCCUGUGCACCGGCCCGUACCAUCGGUAUCCCGUGCCGAUAUGUUCCGGUUCGCGAUUGCUAAGAGUGCUCGAUGCCCACACGAUCCGCCUUUAUGAGUUCCCCUCACAAAUACUCGAACUCAUCUACCUGAGGUACCUCGCCAUCACGUUCGACGGGAACCUCCCACACUCCAUCUCCAAACUCACGAACCUUCGUUGUCUUAUCGUGCAACGGCAUGCUAGCAUCAAACCCUCGGGAUCUGGGCCGUAUGUGCCAGUUGAGAUAUGGGACAUGAAGGAACUAAAGCAUCUUCAGAUUGUGGGAGAUCGAUUGUCGAAUCCUCUGGCCAACGACUCGGUUCUACCGCUCCUCACGACACUCUUGGACGUGAGCGCCGACGCAUGGACCAGGGGCAUUUUGGGAAGAAUGCCGAACUUAACCAAAUUAGGGUUCCGAAUCGAACUAGGGCUCGAAACAACCGACGGCCCACCAAGCUUCUUCGAGGGCAUCUCUCAACUCAGCAAUCUGAAAUCACUGAAAUGCGUCGUCGUGAAUCCGAGGCUUGAUUUCACCACACAGCCUCGGGUUCCACGUGACUUCUCGUCGGGUCUUAAGAGGUUGAGCCUGAGCGGGUUCGGGUACCCGUGGAAGGACAUGUGCGUGAUUGAGAAGCUGCCGAAUCUCCAAGUGCUCAAACUGCGGUGCUAUGCUUUUCGAGGCCCGAAAUGGGAAACGGGCAAUGGGGGCUUCAGGCGACUUGAUUCGCUCAUGAUUGAGGACACGGAUAUGGUGCAUUGGACGGUCGGGGACCGAAGCUUCAACCAGCUCAGGCAGCUAACGGUAAAACACUGCUACAAAUUAGAGGUGAUACCGGAGGAACUUAGUCGGUCGCUCUUUGAGAUUGAAGUAGUUGACUGCAGCCCCUUAGCCAAGAGCUGUGCAAAGAGAAUAAAUAGCAAGAUGUGA